UUGACAUCUUGGCCCCCAAACAGUCUACGCCCCAUCCUUCGGAGAUCUCCAAAUUGUCGUAUCAUACCGAUUGAGGCCUUACUUCUGCCUGCAACAUAUAACAUUGCCUAUACCUUCCGGCUUGAUUUGCACUCAACACCUAAAAUUCACUUUCGCCAAAAUGUUCGUCACAUCAACAACAUCGCUCGUUCUAUCCACAAUCUUCUUAUCAGCUUCAACAAUAGCAGCCCCUACACGAACACAGUGUCACUGUACAAUUGUCUCACAUGCGCCAUUGCCCGCGAAAUACACUCCUUCAAACGCCCACUGGACACCAUCAGACCCGUCGCCAAGCCCAUCGACACCCGACAUUUGUUACAAUCUUGGCGCAGAACUCGAAGACUUCCAGGACACCAAGCCAGAGCUCUAUGAAUCUUAUAUAGGCCAAUCCAGGUCAUCUAAAAAUGACGACCAUCUACCGAUAGCAACUACCAUCACUCUCGAUUUGCCAGCGCGGAAUGGCAUCCAGAAGAAUCUACACCGUCGCGAUUACGAGCCACGACCAACGUCGCGGCCGCACCAGAGAAUAAUAUGUCGCUCUGAACCCGAACCUUUCUCUACGUACCAAAGCACCUUUGUCAAUCUCUGGGCUCUUCAACUUAUCAUCGCUGUUGCGAUCCUCGCAUGCGUAGCGGAAGGUGUACAUCUAGGAAUGCGAUGGAUGAACCGACGGAAUAAAGAUUGCGAUGUAGAAGACGUAUCCGAGAAGAGCAGUUUGCGGCUUCUGGGCACGGAGAGGCACCUUCUAGCCAUCCCUACUCCGAACCCUGUUACAGAUGCGGUGUUUAGUCCUGGAGCAGAGAAGAAGUUACGGGCUUAUGACUCGACGCGAUACUUUAUUACGCAGUCAUCGAGUGGGAAACGAGAGUUCAUUGCGUAUGAGGAAGACGAUGACGAUGAGGCGUAUAGACCUGUGAUGUGAUUUUGCACACAUCACAGAAAGGAUGAAUGUAGUCCACUGUUCCC